GAUAUAUGUAACACACUCCAAUGACAAUCGUUUUCGUGUGCGAGGAGGAGACUGGAGGAGAGGCCCGAUACACCCGUUGAUCACGGCGCGCGAUAUGUCACGAUCAGGUUAGAGGACGGGGGAGCGAGCGACGGACGAGUUAUGACGACGAUGAUCAACAACGACGGCGGCAACGACGACGGCAGCGUGACGAGGAUGACAGCGGCGCGCGUUGCCGCGAGCCGCGCGUAGUCCCGGACGGGAGAAUCUCGGACUGUCGCGCGCGCGAGAGAGAGAGAGAGAGAGAGAGCGCGAGGGAACGCGAGGUCGCGAAAGCGUCUCACCUGCACUCCCCGCUCCUCGCUCCUGGAGGAGUGCACCAGCGCGUUUCGACAACCUCGUCAUCCGUAGGUAGGAAGAGGAUCCUCCGCGACGGCGAUUCGCUCCCUUUCCUGGGUAAGAGAGAGAGCAGGAGGAGAAGGUAAGGAUGCCGCUGGUCGUGAGGAACUGCCCGCAUCUGGCCAACCGCGGCGAUCUCGCCUUCAUCGAGGCGGUGAUGGCCCGGGAGGAGCGCUUCGUCAAGUGCAGCGACUGCGACACCCCGGGCCCGAAUCUCUGGCUCUGCCUCUUCCCCGACUGCCGCUGGGUCGGCUGCGCGGAGACGCAUCUCGACCACAGCACCAUCCACAAUCAGAACUUCCCGGCGCACUGCGCCCACAUGAAUCUAUCCACCAACCGGAUCUGGUGCUACGCGUGCAAGAGCGAGGCGAUCGCCAAGCACGUGCCCUCACCCCCGCUGUCACCUACGCAAGUGGAGUUCAAGACCAUGGGCAAGUUCGCCGGGGACGCUCCCGGUGGCGUCGAGUCCAAGCUGGAUUGCCUCGACAGGUUGAUGUUUGAUAAAUUUUACGGAGAUUGGUCAUCAUCACCAUUAAAUAGAAUCAAUUCGGAGAAAGGAAAUUCUUUUAACGAACGAUCCGGGGAUUCUCCCGAUAGUACAGACUCGGACGAGAGCAAGGACUUUUCCGGGAAGCCGAGAGGUCUGGUGGGCUUGCAGAACAUAGGCAACACGUGUUACAUGAACGCAGCACUGCAAGCCUUAUCCAACGUGUCUCCCUUGACUCAGUUCUUCUUGGAUUGCGGCCACAUGGUCAGUUACAUGUCGAAGGACAGGAAACCCGGGCUGAGUCUGAACUACCUAAAUCUCAUUCGGGAUAUGUGGAACAAAAAGACGAGAGGAUACGUCGUGCCGCACGGUAUCCUGUCCGGCAUCAGGACGGUUCAUCCGAUGUUCCGAGGAUACCAUCAACAUGACACGCAGGAAUUUCUCAGAUGUUUCAUGGAUCAACUACACGAGGAGCUGAAGGAGCAUAUCGAGGACGACAGGGACAUUCAGUUGCGGCUGAAGGGACUGGGGGACCAGUCCUCGGAGGACGAGGACGAGACUGAGAUUGACGGCAAUGCGUCCAGUCAGUCCGACGCCGAAUACGAGACUUGCGACUCGGGUGUGAGCGAACAGAGCUCCUUGAGCGACGAGGGCGAACGCGGCACGAAGAGACGGUACUCCCGCGUGUCGCAGACGGAGAAGUUGCGGAACAAGUUCACGAGCAGGAGCAUGAAGAAGUCGAACGUCGAGCCGACGUUGCCGUUCGCGCCGCCGCAACGCUCGCCGCAAAACUCGCCGGCCAAGCAUCGCACUAAAAAACAAAUGAAGACACGCAGCAUUAUCAGCGACACGUUCGACGGCAAGCUUCUGAGUAGCGUGCAGUGCCUGACGUGCGAUCGAAUUUCCACUCGGGUGGAGACCUUCCAGGAUCUGUCCCUGCCCAUCCCGAGCAGAGAUCACAUCGACAUGCUGCAUCAGGGUUCGCUGACGCCGCAGAAGGCCGGUCCGUGUUCCGAUGUGGUCUACGUGACGAAUCAGUCGGGCUGGCUGUCGUGGUUCCUACAGUGGAUGCGCUCGUGGUUCUGGGGACCAGUAGUCAGUCUGCACGACUGCCUCUCCGCAUUUUUUAGCGCCGACGAGCUUAAGGGCGACAACAUGUACAGCUGCGAGAAGUGCAACAAGCUGCGCAACGGCAUCAAGUUCUCCAAAGUCUUGGAAUUGCCCGAGAUACUGUGCGUGCACCUGAAGAGAUUCCGCCACGAGCUGAUGUUCAGCUCGAAGAUCGCCAACUACGUGUCGUUCCCCCUCGAGGGCCUUGACAUGCGGCCCUAUCUGCACAAGGAGUGCGUGUCCAAGGUCACCACUUACAAUCUGAUAUCGGUCAUCUGCCACCACGGCACGGCCGGCGGCGGCCAUUACACCUGUUACGCGCUGAAUCCCAUCGCCAACAAGUGGUACGAGUUCGACGACCAGUGCGUCACGGAGGUGUCGCCGGAAACGGUGAAGCACUGCGAGGCGUACGUGCUGUUCUACAAGAAAUGGUCGCCGGAGAUAUUGCAGCUGCGCGACAAGACCAUGGAGCUGAUGGAGAUAUCGUCCCGCGAGGUGUCCGAUCUGAACUUUUUCGUGUCCCGCCAGUGGAUCAACCGCUUCAACACGUUCUCCGAGCCCGGCCCGAUCGACAACUCCGACUUCCUGUGCCCGCACGGCGGAGUGAUCCCCGUUAGGGCGCAAUUUGUCGACAAGAUCAGCAUGCCCAUACCGCAAGCAGUUUGGGAAUACUUGUACAAUGCAUUUGGAGGCGGCCCAGCCUGCACGCAUCUGUACGAGUGCCCGACCUGCGAAGAAAAGUACGAAUCCUUGCAGAAGCGCAGACAGUACGAGAUGGAGCUGUUUCAACGGCUGAACACGGACAAUCCCACAGCCAUUUAUGCGCUGGCUAUGGCAUGGUUGAGACAAUGGCAGAGCUUCGUCCGAGGCAAGGAGACGCAGCCACCAGGACCAAUCGAUAAUAAUUCCAUCGUUGUAAAUAAAAACGGACAAAAUAGUCUUAAAGUCGGCUCGGAUUACGGCCAGAUCCCCGAAGAAUUGUGGCAAUUCUUCCUGACUACGUAUGGCGGUGGACCAGAGCUAAUGCUGCACUCAUGUCAACGACCGGUGCCCGCUCAGCCUAACGUUUCUAUACAUUCCGCGUCGAAUCCAAAUUUGAUAGAUCCGAAUCUUAAGUGCAAUCGCGUAGAAGCUAAGUCCAACAAACUUUGUACGACCAGGAGCUCGGAGACGAUCUCGCAACAGGACAGCGCGAUCGAGAGCCUAAUUUCGAGCAGCGACUCCCAUCAAACGCAGAGGGACGUGAGCGAGUGAGUAAUGCCGUGCGAAUCGCGAUUUCGCAAGUCUCGUUCGCCACCCGACGAACAUUUCCAUUGGUUUUCCUUAAGUUUAGUCUCGUAAGUAAAUCAAAUUAAUUCUACUUUUUUCGAAAUUUCACGCUUUUCGAAGUUCCACGCCUGAACGAUGCUCGGCGAUUCUUGUUAGAUCUUUACAGACGAGACAGUCUCUCGAUAUUUUGGAAAUAAAACAAUCACUGUCGCUCGAAGAUGAAAAGACAAUCGGACACUUUUGUACACCAGUAGCGAUUUUUGUACGAAAUUUGUAAAACUAUAUUACGUGCCGUCGCGUGCUGAUAUUUGAAGGUAUUGAAGUCUCAAAAAGAGGGACUCUAUACAUAUGAGUACAUGUUGAAUGACUGCGUUUUUGCGAUAAUAUAUCUUGACGGUAAUUGCAUCUAAAAUCAAAAUAUAUAGCGACAUAUUAGUCGCUUGCUUGAAAGAACCGAGGGCAGAACGUUUGUUGUCUCUUAGUUCGCUAUGUAAUAAGAGAGCACCGAGGAAUGCCGUGCUCGAGCAUACGGCACCUCUUUCCAAAUCAAAUCGAUUCUUUUAUUUCCAAAUCGUCGGUUUGGAAAAUGGAAUGACACUGAUUGCUUUAAGUCCAUUGCUCCGACGCUGUAAAAUCGCGUGAUCGCGCACGUUUUCUCGACGGCGUGGAAUUUCAUCCGUGUACAACUUCAUCGAUGGGAAUAUUGUAUGUGGUGGGAAACGUAGUUAGAUAUAUAUACAUAUAUAUAUAGUACAAAAAGAUUUGCUAAUAGACAAAUUAUUAUUUAAAUAUUAAAUCUUUAGCUCGUACUCUUUACCCAAAGUCUAGGCCGUAACAUCCGCGCGACCUCGAUAUAUAGUUGUACCGUGUUUUCGAUGUUUGUACAUUCGCCGCGGCGUGUGCGUGUCAUUCCUGCACAGAAAUAUACAUGUGGCUAUCUCUCGUCUGCCCUUCGUGUUUCGAAGUUAUGUACAUAUAAACGGUCGUCAAUUCUUCUCCGUUGGCCGGGGAGGUUCCUUUUUCCUUUCAUCCGGAAAGAAAGAAAAAAUAUAUAAAAGAUACGGAAGACUGACAAAUCGAUUUUAUUUAAAGAGAAAUAAAGCUACGUGCAGUUAUAAUUUAUAAUUGAAUUUAAGCCGGCAACUCACGAAAUCGCGUACGCAGUGCGAUGCAAAGGACUUGAAUAAUCUUUACGUUUUUUUUUUCAACAGAGAAUUAUUUUUGUUGUUAUUUAGUGAAUUUAUUUACCGUAUACGUACCGUUCAUAAUAUUUACCGGAGCCGGCGAGGGUCCCUCGUAGCGUACGAUUCGCGCCGAUUUUUUUUUUGCCUUUUUUUUUAAAUAUACGAAACAGUUGAGCUUGGCAAUUAUUUGUUUAAGCGACAAAACGUGCUUCUUAAGGCUCCUGUUUCCUACAGCCGCGUUAAAGUGUGACGUCAGAAAGAUAAAUCCAUUAGAUAAAUCAUUUUUUUUUUAUUACGCGUCGAGUGCCAUCACGUUAAGCGUAACAAAUCUUAUCUUUAUAUCUCUUUGCCCCCUUCUCGCAGAAUUUUGACAUAAUGUUCAAGUAUUUAUCGAGCACGUUUGUAUCGUGUACAAAGGAGAGAGGAUUGCCAUGGUUUAUAAUAUUUGAGGAUUCAUUUAAAUAUUGGACAUUAGUAUUUACAAUUGUAUAUGUUAAACUAUAACAUAUAUUCUCCACAUAUCUUUGUAAUAAAUAUCACUUUCAAUUUUAUAUGUCACGGUAAUCGUUUCUAACGUCUAAACAAUAUAAUAAUAUGAAAUCGUUGAAAUAAUUUUAGAAUUAUUUGACUUGGCUAUAUCAAGACUAUAAAGCGUAGUCUAGAAGCAGGAGCUUAAUACAUUGAGCUAUAUAAAUACUAAAGUAUAUAGUGUUACAUAAGCACUAAGUGAUUCUAAAUACUUGGACAUUUAUGUAUUAAAAGUGCACACUCUUUCUCUCUCUUUCAAAUUUCUCUCUAGUACUUAAGAAGCGUGUUCGAUCGCAUAGACCAUUAAUUGCGUAGUUUAAUUAUUUUAUGCUCGUUAAAAAAAGAAAUGAAAAAAAUCGCGUGCCGCGAGCUGCCCGUGUAAGCUCAGUUGUGUUUUUUUCGUGGGUCUCGGUUUUAUCACCGAAGACAUUUGUUCCCGGAAAGAACGACUUUGCUGAAAUAUCUGAAAUUUUAGCUGGAUACAGAUCCGAAAAUAAUUCUGUUGGAAGCAAAAAUAAAAAUAUUAAUCAUAAAUUCAAUUUGAAAUAAUUAAAAAUAAUUAAUAAUGUUGGAAACCUCAAAAAUUGAUUGCUGGAAUAUCAAAAUUUUUUGUAGCUCACAAAAAUCUUAGUGUUUGAGUUUUCAACGCAUUUCAUUUUGAUGAUUCAACAAAAGUAUUUUCAAAUCUGAAUUCCGGCUAAAUUUUAGAUAUUUCAGCAAAGUCGUGCUCUCUGUGGAACGAUCGUUCAUUUUAAUACCACAAUUGCAUAUUGCGAGGAAAUAGAAGGAAGCCGCAGUUCAAUGCGAGUUCCGCUCGCAGGGACGCAAACAAUUUUAAAAGAAUUGUUAAGGCUAAUUGUCUGUAAUCAUUAUCCAGAGCGAAGUGCAUAAGGAAAUAAUAAAUAAGUUGGUUUCUUUAUUUAUUGAAAAACAUCCAGACUACGUCAUUUCCAAGCACGUUUUCUUCGCAGUCUGAAGUAGAAGAUUUAUUCGUUCUUUUACAGCUAUGGAAUUUAUUCGUUUUACAAUAAAUCAAUUUACCGUGGCUUGCUAUAAAAUUAAAUAGGAACUCUCGCAAGUUAGAAAUUCGCAGUUGCAAAACGUCCAGUUGAGCCACGAUUGAUCGGAUUAAUAUAUUAUACCAAUUUCGAACUUUAAGCCUCACACAGCAUUACAAAUGAUCUCUCCCCGCAAUGCUGCACAAUAAAUGCAAUCUCAUUCUGUAAAUUUAAUCAGGAAGCACCAAGUUCUUAAGCUGUCUAAUCUACUUCUCUAUUUGAUACAACAAGAUUAUGUGGUUAAUGAUGAUACGAAUAAAGUGAUCCAAGCGUUCCUUUGAA